AAUUGGGCCAGAGUGCCAGUCCGCCCUUGGUUCCCAGCAUCAGGUGAGUCAGUCGUGUGACAGACACGGUCCCCCUAAAUACUCUCAAAGCGCGAGGAGAAAGCGCCCUUGCCUAACACAGAAAACCGGAAAGCUGGCAUUUUACUUGUUUUCCGGGAGAGAGAGAAAGAGGGGGCGAUAAACAGAGGGAGGUGGUCUAAAAAUAGAUCCCAGCUGCAAGCGUGAAAUGACAAUGGGCGGCGGGGUUAAAUAGAGCCGUCGAUCGCGGGUCCGCAUGUCCGACCGGCGUCCGGCGUCCGCAGCACAGUAAGCGGAAAGGUGAAAAACCAAGAUGCCAGAACAUGGGCAAGAGGUAAGAUGUAAAUGUCUUUUCGAAAGAGGAAGUCCAAGAUUUCCGCUUCCCGCAAGCUCAUGUUGAAGAGCUUACUGGUGGCCAAGGCGAAGGAGGAGCUUGAACAGGAGAUCCUGGACAAGGAGGAGGAGAAGCAGCGGUACCUGGAGGAGAAGGCGCCCCCUCUGGUCACCAGCAGCAUGUCCUUCACUGAGCUGCAGGAGCUGUGCCGUGAGCUGCACGCUAAGAUCGACAUUGCGGAUGAGGAGCGGUAUGACAUAGAAGCCAAAGUCAUGCUCAACACUCGAGAGAUCAAGGACCUAAGCAUCAAGGUGCUGGACCUCCGGGGGAAGUUUAAGCGACCCACGCUGAGGCGGGUGCGCGUGUCAGCCGACGCCAUCCUCCGCUCCCUGCUGGGCUCCAAGCACAAGGUCUCCAUGGACCUGAGGGCCAACCUGAAGUCCGUCAGGAAGGAGGACAGCGAGAAGAAGCGACCGGUGGAGGACAGCGACUGGAGGAAGAAUGUGGAGGCCAUGUCCGGCAUGGAAGGCAGGAAGAAGAUGUUUGACGCUGCCGCGCAAUGAGGAGGAAAUGAUGUCAGAGUCGUCGUCCCCCACCCACUCACUGUACCUGUGAAACGUUCUCCCUCCUUCCUGGAGACACACAGGAGAAAAACAUCUCAGAUGUGUAAGAUCCUGCCUCUGUGUAGCUGGUCACCACAACAGCAGCAGCUUGAUUUAAUCAGUGGCUGAAACCAGAAGAGAAAAAGUUUCAUUUUGCUAUAAUCAGCCAUUUAUAAAGAGCCCAGUGGAUUUUUACUGUAUAGCAUGCAGAUUCCCAUUAAGACUUUAUGGAAGAAGGAGAGGGCAUUUGUUUCAUUCUGCAUGUUGUAAAAAGAAUGUGCUUUUAUUUUGCAAAGGGUGGGAUUCCCCUUCUCCCAUCUCUGCUUUUCUGUGUCUCUUUGAUGCUUGUGUAAUAAGUCAUAAAUGUUUUCUAUGGUUAACGACA